AUGUUCCGACACGUCCGAUGUCUUUUCGCGUUACCAAGGUCCGAGGACCCUUUCAAGUACCACCUCUACGCGGUGAUGGGGAGGCAACGCCAUUUAUGGCGGCUAACGGUACACCGGUCACGCAGUUCGACAUGCUUCUGCCAACAGAAUGGGCGGUCUUUUUUUAGCCAUGGCAAGGCAAGAAAGAUAAUCAGACCACAAUUAUGCUAUAACACGUUCAACACCAUAGAUGGAACUUUUUUGCAAGAAUACCAGUCAACCAGGACGACAACACUGAAUGACCGAUUGCAUAAGACCUACUGGAAAACGUGUGGUCCACGCUUCGAUCAAUAAAAGACAAUAAAAGGUCGAAAGCGAAGAUGGACCAUCUAAGUAUCUAAGUAAGUAAGUAAGGUCCGAGUGCCGUUUUCAAAUUAAUCCUGUUUUGUGUAGACAAUUUCGAUUGAAAAUCGAUUUUUUAAGCCUGAGUGAGCUGAAUAAUUACGAAAACUGUGCUUUAAUCAAAGUUUUUUGAACGUCGAAUUUGAGUUAAGAAAAACACGAUUCUCAUAAAAUCUAGCAUAAAAUAAGAAUAAACCCGUGAACUUGUUAUAAAUGAUCCUCAUUUUAAUUCAAACCUCUCGAGGCGAGCGCUUGCCCUAGAAGCGGUACUUAAAAAUCCAGUAUUGAAAAAAAAAGUCUUUGGAGCGGAUUCAGCAAUGGAGCAACUUUUGACGACGUUACUUCCAUUCGAAUCGCUAUUCUCCAUGCUGCUUAAAAUGCUUGUCUAUUCAGCCGUUGCCAGUGCAACUUAUACAUUUUGUGUAAGUUUUUCCUACUGAAGAAAAAAAAGAAAUAAAAACUUUGAAGAUCGCUCAAAUUGAGCUGAAAAGUGAUUUGAAACAAUCAGGUUUACAUUCAAAAAUUUUAUUCAGUCUUUUUUUUCAGUAGAGUCAAUAUAAUUAUUAUCAUAUUUCAGCUUUUCAAAUACUUGAUCCAAAAUUCUGUAUUUUUCGAGAAAACCUCAACUUUAACUUCUACUUUAAUCAUAAGCUUUCAUGACGGAAAAGUUAGUGGGAAAUUUUUUAGUGGCCACUUCAGGGUUUUGGCCUUUUAGUGGCCAGUAUAGUGGUCAAAUUAGUGGCCACUUAAGGGAUUAAAAAUUAGUGGUACCUAUAGAGGUCUAAAUGCUACUACUAGACCACUUAAAAUUUUAGUGGCCACUUUAGGGGUCAAUGGAUCAACAUAACUGGUCCAAUCUGUUUUGAAAUUAUCAGAGUUACUGGAAGGAAGGAAUAGUGGACGAAAAACUACUGAAGUGGCCACUAAAAAGGAAAAUAGUGGUCACUAUAGAAGUGGGUUUAGUGGCCACUUUAGUGUCCACUCCAAGUAGUCCUUGGCGAGCCUCUAUAGUGGCCACUAAAAAUUUUCCCAGAAGUGAAAGAUUCUACCAGCCGAGAAGCUUCUUUUUUUUCAAUAUGGACUUCAGUACGACUUUACAAGACCUCUUAAACGCAUCUAAUUUUGACAGACCAAAAAGAAGAAGAAAGGGAUGAGCGCCGAGGAUAACACUACCAUCACCGAAGACGAUGAAUCUGAGGAAGAGUCGCGACAGAAGAAAAGACGAAGAAGGAGGAGGAGGAAUGAGACGGACGACUCGGCGACCAGUGGGACCACCACCAGUGCGACGUCGACCGGAAAAGAUAGGAAAAAGCCGGCGGAGAAAGUUAAGGCUCCGAUGGCCGGUAAGGUCUUAUCGAGGUUAUAUUGAAAACCAUAAAUUUAUAAACGGAUAGGGGUGGUAUGACAAUAUAACCACCAGUAUAGCCGGUAUGAAAAAAAAAACCCCUCGGACCAUGAAAUCCUCUCAAAUCCCUUAGACUUCCGGAGAGACCCCAUUUGAAGCCUUACUGCUCCACCUUCCAUUUAAAACAGCUUUAAAUUCCAGGAACCUACGACCCCAACUACCAGACCCUUGCCGGCCUCAACAACGCCGAGAUUUUCGACAAGCCAGGAGGAGCUGGAGGAGCAGGAGCAGGAGCAGGAGCAGGUCCAGUGGCGCCGAGGCCGAACGUCGCCGGAGGCAUCGCCGGCACUCAUGAUCCCAACUACCAGACCCUCGCCGGCCUCAACGACGUCUUCGAGAAGAAAGAUGGAGCUGGACCAGUUGCGCCAGCGUACAACUGGGUCCGAACCACCGCCCCUCUGGUUAUGUGACUGAAUUUUCAGGGGGCCAAGGCCGGAACCUACGAUCCGAAUUAUCAAACUCUGGCCGGUCUCAAUGCUGACAUUUUCGAUAAGAAAGGUGGAGCUCCUAAUCAAGUGAGUUAAGAUGAGAUUAAUUAUCGUGAAACUUAAAAAAGGAUUCUUAGACUUUUUUCUUUAAAAAUAAGAGUUUUCAGUCCUUCAAAUUCUAGCCAAGGUUCGGAAAAAAACAAGACUUUUGAAAAAUCUGUUCUUCUAACGCUGUCGGAAAAACUUCUAGAAGAAUGUUUAAAUAGAGCCAAAAGGGGAAAAAUCGAUAUUCCUUGAGGGUAUCAGUUGGUUCUAUAUAAAAGAAGACCCUUUAAAAAAUUUAAAAAACCACAUCUUACUCAAUUCUGAUCAUUCUGAACCAAGAUAUGAAUUUUUAAAGUUUUGAGUGACAAAAUUAAUACCAACAAAUGAGAAAAAUCGAUAUUUUGAGAGCUCUAUGGGUUCUCUAGAGUACCAAACGGUUCUAUUUGAAGAAGGAACCUCUGAAAAUGUCAAAAAACUACAUUUUACUCGGAUCUGAGCAUUUUGAGCCGAGAUAUGAAUUUUUGAAGUUUUGAGUGACAAAGUUGACCCAAAAAGGGAAAAAUCGAUAUUUCGAGAACCCUAUGGGUUCUUGUAGGUACCAGUUGGUUUCAUAUGAAAGAGGACACUCUGAAAAGGUUAAAAAACUUAAUUUUACUUGGAUCUGAGCAUUUUGAGCCGAGAUAUGAAUUUUUAAAGUUUUGAGUGACAAAAUUAUUACGAAAUGAGAAAAAUCGAUAUUUCAAGAUCCCUAUAGAUUCUUGAGUGUACCAGUUGGUUCCAAAUAAAACAGGACUUUUUGAAAACAUUAAAAAACCUAAUUUCACUUGAGUCUGAGCAUUCUAAGCCGAGAUAUGAAUUUUUGAAGCUUUGAGUGACAAAAUUGGCCCAAAAUGGGAAAAAUCGAUAUUUUGAGGACCCUAUAGGUUCUUGAGGGUACCAGUUGGUGGAAUAUGGAGCAGGGCCCUCUGAAAACGUUAAAAAACUUAAUUUCAUUCUAUUCUGAGCAUUUUGAGCUGAGAUACGAAUUUUUGAAGUUCCCAAUGACUAAUUAACCAAAAAACCGAAAAAUCGAUAUUUUCCUCAGAAAAAUACUAGUUACAAAUUUUUCUCAUUCUCGUGAAGUUCUUAAAAUUUGAGCUAUUCCUCAAAAAAAAAAGAUUUUCAGCAACCCCAAGCCGGAAAACUCGACAAGAACGGACCAGUUGCCCCAGUCAACAACUGGGUCAGCAAUCCUUUUUUCCCAGAUUGAAAAUGGUAUCUUUAGGGCGUCAAGGCGGGAACCUACGAUCCAAACUAUCAAACGUUGGCUGGACUCAAUGCCGACAUUUUCGUAGCCGACAAGAAGGCCGGAGGAGCUGGAGCACCUGGGUUCGGAGCCAAAAAACCAGCCCUGCCAGUCAACCAGGUCAUUUUUUCAAGAAACUUUGACGAAAAAAUCAAAAAAUAACCAUUUUUUUCGAAAAAUUUGACAGUUUUUGAGUGUCUGCGUCUCUUUUCCAUCACCUUUGAAGUCAGAGAAAAAUGAAAAUAGCUCUUAAACACGAGAGGGUCGUCGAGAGACGAAGAGGGCGCAGAGGAGCCUCAUCCUUUCAAGUCCUUUCAAAAAAUAGACUAUAUAAUCCACGUUUUGUUUCUGCCUGCACCAUUUUUGGUCGCGAAAUCCGAAUUCCCCGCCUUUUUAAACUUUUCCCACGCGUUUUAUUAACAUAAUCAUUCCAUUUACAUCAAAAUCUUUCCAAAAAAGGUUCGAAUUUUUACAAAACUUACUCAAACCUUGAUAACGCGAACGAGGCUUUUCUAGUGGCCACUUAAGAGUGGUGACACUACUAAAGUGUCCACUAAAAGAGCUCCUUCCGAUUAACGUUACCCAGGAUCGAGUAUGAAGAUUUUCCGCGUAAUAGUUUUGAAAAAUGCGACAAGUUUGCAAAUUGGCGCCAAAAACGCAUCGCAACCGCUUCGCAUGCGAACUGCAAAUGACGCACGGUUCAAUUUGAAGAAAAUGCAUUGUUUUGUCUCUAAAUAAGAUUUCCAAGUAGUCCUACUCAGCUCAAGAUGGUUCUAGAGAAUUCGAAAAUUGCCUUGAAAGGCCCAGAAAAUGCAAUGAUAUCAAAUAAGGCUCAAUUAGUUGCUCUAAUGGCCCAACUUAUUGUUUUUUUCUUGCGAAAAUUAAUCCAGAAUACUUCUUGAUACACCAGAUCCUGGAAGUCUUUUUCUUCUUCAUUCUCGGAAAAAAAAUACCCAAAACUUCAAAAUGGCCCAUUUUUCGGAUUUCUGGACUUUGAGCCCCUGUUUUCUCAAAAAGUAAGAAGUUGGGCAACUUGGGACUCUCAGAAAACUUUACUCGGUCCAAAAAAAAUCCAAAAAUUACAACUUUUUCGAAAAAUUUGAGUUUUUGAGUGUCUGCGUCUCUUUUUCCCUCAUCCCUUGGCGCCCCGUGCAGGCGCGCGAAAGUCGCUUUACGGUCGGGUGCACGUGAAAAAUCAAUACACUUUGAUCAAUUUGAAGCGUUUUACGGUUUUUUAUGAUUCUGUUAGACUUUGAGAAACUGUUUCUCAAAAACCAGGAAGUUGGGCAAGUUGGGACUUUCAGAAACCGGCCAAUUUUCAGAAAAAUCAAAGUGAAUGACCUUCCUUGUAGGGAUGACUAGAUCGAAAAUCAAUAGCAGGAAACGAAUUCGGAACUAUUCAGAAUGCCAAGGCGGCGACACAAGAUCCGAAUUAUCAGACCUUGGCUGGACUCAAUGCUGAUGUCUUCGGAGCGGAUAAGAAAGGAGCGGGAGCAGCUCCAAAAAAGAUAGUCCCUCCUGCCAACCAGGUGAUAAGUGAAUUAAUUCUUUUUUUUCGAAAAAUGAAAAUACAGUAUGCAAAAGCCGCGACGAAAGAUGCCAACUACCAGACUCUGGCUAAUCUCAACGCGGACAUUUUCGGAGCGGAUAAGAAGAAGAAGUGGUGA